AUGAAAGCUAUCAAUGUUCCAUCAGUUGAAAUCGAUGCAUCUUUGGAUAGUUCAAAAUGUGCUUCGAAUGCAAAAAAAGAUUGCUUGCAAGUCUCUGAUUCGAAUCAACCAAUGCUUUCUGGUGAUAAAAUUGAACAAAAUGUUGUUUCACCGCGCCGUUUUAUUGCUGUUGAUACUGAUUCAGUUUUGGAAUCUUCUAAAUUACUUAGGAAGCUUUCGGAAGCCUUUGGUGUAAAAUUUCUAACUUGUUCUGAAAUAUUAAUCUUUGAUUGUUUCUUUUGGAUAAAGAAGUUCGAAUAUAUUAUAUUAUGA